GCUGCCGGAGUCCGGGAGCUGCCGGUUACUCUUGUGAGCGCCUUUCAGGAAGCCACAGGGCAGGGGGUGUCUGUGCAGAGAAGCUGAGGGAGUGAGUCGCAGCCUAUCGGCCAGACCAGGGACAUAAAUAGAAGCAUAAAUCAGGCCAGAGAUGGUGUGCCCUGUCGCGCACAUGUGUAUAGUCUGUAGAUCCACAGGCUAGUCUGGAUGCUGUGUGGUCACCUGUCGUGUGAGUGGCUCCGGGCGUGGCUGCCCCUCGGACGUUCAGUUUCUGUAAGGUUUAUCUCUAGGGGCCUACCUUCCCCGGGCUCCAGGAGGAACGUAAGAAGUUUAACGGAGCAGGGACUGAGCAGAUUAAGGGAGUGGUGCGCAGGCUGGGCCGGAGAGGGUAGGGACUGCUGGUGCUGGGGGAUAGGGAACCACCAAUUUGCCCCGUCUCCCAGCCAGAAAACCGUUUUAGACAAUCUGUCGCGACAAAGGUGGCUCUGAAAUGUCUACAGAGCCUGAGAAGUGAUGAUCACUGAGUGAGUAGCACUGGGCUGACACUGGCCAAUUUGUUGAGAGGAAAGAUGCUAGCAUUUAGAAAGGCAAGGAGGAAACUCAGAAUGGGGACCAUCUGUUCCCCCAACCCCAGCGGGACAAAGACAUCAUCGGAGGUCUGCAAUGCCGACUGGAUGGCCUCGCUGCCCCCUCACCUCCACAACCUACCCCUUUCCAAUCUGGCAAUCCCAGGCUCCCAUGAUUCCUUCAGCUACUGGGUAGACGAAAAGUCCCCAGUGGGGCCUGACCAAACUCCAGCUAUCAAACGCCUCGCCAGGAUCUCCUUGGUAAAAAAGCUAAUGAAGAAAUGGUCUGUGACUCAGAACCUGACAUUCCGGGAACAACUAGAAGCUGGGAUCCGCUAUUUCGACCUUCGUGUGUCCUCCAAACCAGGGGAUGUGGAUCAGGAGAUCUAUUUCAUCCACGGGCUUUUUGGCAUUAAGGUCUGGGAUGGGCUGACAGAGAUUGACUCAUUUCUUACGCAGCACCCGAGAGAGAUUAUCUUCCUGGAUUUUAACCACUUCUAUGCCAUGGAUGAGGCCCAUCACAAAUGCCUGAUUCUGCGGAUCCAGGAGGCCUUUGGAAACAAGCUGUGUCCAGCCUGCAGUGUGGAGAGUAUGACACUGCGAAACCUGUGGGAGAAGAAGUGCCAGGUCCUUAUUUUCUAUCAUUGUCCCUUCUACAAGCAAUACCCCUUCCUGUGGCCAGGAAAGAAGAUUCCAGCACCCUGGGCAAAUACCACAAGUGUGCACAAACUGAUCCUCUUCUUGGAGACCACUCUGAGUGAGCGGGCCCCACGUGGCUCCUUCCACGUCUCCCAGGCAAUUCUCACCCCCAGAGUGAAGACUAUCGCCCGAGGCCUGGUUGGAGGCCUCAAGAAUACUCUGGUUCAUAGGAAUCUUCCUGCCAUCCUGGACUGGGUGAAAACUCAGAAGCCUGGAGCCAUGGGUGUCAACAUCAUCACGUCCGACUUCGUAGACCUGGUGGACUUUGCCACGACUGUCAUCGAGUUGAACGACCUCUUACAGGAGGACAAAGCUCUGGCUAAAUGCUGAUUUAAUUUUUUAUUUAACUUAAUGGUGAAUUUGUUGAUCCAGGGUAGAGUUCUCAAGGCUUUCCCGUUAGGACGGCCCCUUGGCAGUGAUGGUGAAGUAAGAGGAGGAUGGCUUUUUUUCCUUCCUCACAGGGCUGUUUGGAUAAAAUUACAGGGCUUUUUAUUGCAUUUUUCCCAAAUAAGACUUUUUAAAAAAUUAAGUCCAAGGGAAGAAAGCCCAUUUCUUGUGAUCAAGGCCAGGACUUCCCAAUGGCUUCUGGUAGUGAAUGGAACAUGGAAAUAGUCUCCAAGUUCCAUUGGGGUAUCCAUUGUCCCCUAAGUUGCCCAGAUCCCUAUAGUCUUUCAGGGUGUUGUCAUUUGAGCCAUUGAGAAGGUUGACCCAGAAAGGCAUUCCUGGUCAGUAGAAUGGCUCGGUGCAGGUGUGGACUUCCUGUGGGGUGCCUCUAACAUCAACUGGGGGGCCCUGAGCAGGGAAGGAGCCAAGCACUAGUUCUCUCUUGUAUUUGUGAAGGUCACCAUUUCUUCUCUGAGAGAAUAAGCUGUUCUUGCAUAGCUUGUGCUGAUAACUGGUCACCUUCAUUUUUCAGAUACACGGUGCUUACUGCCCUUGGUAUCAGAAAUAUGUUUCCCAGUUUUAAAACCUUCAUUCCUUUCUAUUUCUUUCGGCCCUUUCUCAUAAGUGAAAGGAACAAUGAUGGGAGAUCUUUUGAGCAUGGGGCCCAACAAGAGAUAGACAUGCAUGUUUGUUGCAUGCCAGAUUUCUUUGAUUUAAUUUUGUAGCUUUUUCCAAAAUGGCCACCAAGUAAGUACCUGCAUCAUUUUGGGAAAGUCCUCUUUGGAGCCCAGUCUUCAAGCCAGAUCUUGGAAUUGCAUUUUGUUGUUGUCUGCCUAGGACUCAAGUCUGUGCUGUGGGAUACAACGCUAAGUGGAAGACAGCUUGUCCAGGCUACCAGGAGGCAGAUGUGGGAUGCAUGGGAAGGUGCAAUGGCAUUAAAGGAGGAUGCUCCAAGUGGGCUUGGAGCCAUUCUGUCACUCCUUGAAAACAAGACUACCUCGGGAACAUUUAAGAUGACUUGUGUGUCAUCAAGUGAGAAAUACCCAGUAUUGGAACAUUUCCCAUCCUUGUCUCAAUUGUUCUCCUUUCUGCAGGUUGUUUUGAGCCUACAAAUCACCACUGCAUGAGGGCUUUGAAACGCAAUUUUUUUUUUUAAUAGAUAAGAGGUGCUUAUCUAUAAAGAGCCCUCUUGUGUUUUGAUUGAUUGACUUAUUUAUUUAUUUAUUUGUAGAUUAAAUAUCUGCAGUGCUUCUUACCUCAAGAGCACUCACACGGGAGCUUACUGAACUUUCCCACCCAGGACAGAUGCUGCUAUUUACCGUCUUCCUCCCCUCAACAGGACCACGCGUCUCAGGGCUGUGAGUGACCUCUGACUCUGCUGUAGAUGCCCUGGCUCCCCAGUGCUGCUGGGGACGGUUUAUAUGUAUGGAUGUAGUCCGGAACUGAGGAGCCACUACCAAGCCACUCCCUGGGACAGAAGAUGAAAUGGGUCCUGAAGAACUCUUAGCUCUUAGAUAGACCCUCUAGAAGAGUGUUGAAAAGGAAGGAGCUAGAAAGAAAACGGGGCAUGAGUGUGUGUGCACACAGAUGCUCCUCAGCACCGUCUGAGCAUCCCCAAGGAAGUGCCAGCUUAGGGAUCCUUCAGGAGGAAAUUUAAACAUGGAGCCCCGAACGGAUGUCUGCAUUUAUAGAUUGUCUGAUUCUUCCCAGCAGUUUCCCACUCCUAUCCUUUGAGGCUCAUAGAUGGAUUUUGCAUGUUGCCUGCAGACAGGGGUAUCCUAGAGGAGCUACUAAAAGCACAUACGCACCCUAACUCUUGGUCUUCCAGCCUUUACUUUCUGUAAUGUAAUUUAAACCCUGACUUUUAGCUUCCAGAGGCUUGAGGAAGCUGUAACACAAAAGACUCUGGGAAAAUAUGGUUGAACUUUCCCUUUUCUUGCAUCUGAACCCCUCCUACAAUGAAGCUUCUGGGGUAGUACUAUUGAAUGUUGUAGGGCCUUCUCUGGAUAGGAAUAAGAAAGUGGGUCCCUUACUCUCUUAACUUUCCUUCAAUUCUGGUAUUAAACCCUAGUGACAAGCUCUGAAGUCCCCUGGCUGCCCUCAGCAUUUUAUUUUUGUUAUUGUUUCAUUUUGUUUUUGUUUUUAAUUCUCGAUCAAUUGCUGGGGACUAGAUCAUGUCCCCUCUUUUACCCCUUUGUGACUUGGCAAAGAUAUAAGGAGGUGAGAGGCGACCUACCCUGCUCUGUUUCGAGUCUCAGCUUUGUCCAGGUGCUUGGUGCUAUAAGGCCAGGUGUGUUGACAAGUAGUGACACAGGAUGCCAGUAUCACCCAAGGGCUGCUGACUGUUCUGUGAAAUGUUUACUCAAUUUUUCUCCUUUAGUUGUUCAAUAUAUGUUUGCACUUCACUUGGGUUGUACCACUUACACGCACCUCGAUGUUUGCAUGAUAAAAGUCACCGAGCAUGACACAGACGCGCAGAAACCGUACCAAGGUCGCAUGCACAGGGUCCCGCUCUGUGUGGUGAGUACCGGUGCCCACUCCUGCUGCUGCUUCGGGUUGCCCACCUUGGUUCCAUUGUGAAAGUCUGCACUGGAGUUCUGGGAUGUAGGAGGAGGAUUAUUUACAAUUUUCCCUCAAUUAACACCCUUGAAUUGGCAGAAUCUCUCUCUCUCAAGAAAAAGUUGCUUAACAUCUUGUGAAGGCUGGGUGCCUUCUGCUCCUUGAUUCUGAGGCCAGACAAGAGAACUCAGGCAUGUGGGACAGCGGAAAGAUAGACUUUAGGUUGAUGAUUCAUUCUGCAACUGCCAACAAUAAAAAGGGUGACCCAUCCUCAUCACAUUCUCACAAGUUCUGGGGACCUUUCAAGACAAAGCUCUGACACAUGCCCAGAAUAACUUCAAGAUCAGCUAAGAAUCUGUUUGGUUGAGCCAAAGAGGAUUUUAGCUUAACAGAAUUGUGAUCAUAUUUAUUCCAAAUGUAACUGAGUUUUCCAUGGGCCCCCUGGACCAUUUCAGAUACGGACACAUGUCCAUGGCUUUGUAGCAAAGAGGCCCAUCCCAGGUUUUAGUUAGUUUAGAGCAGAGCUUACAGCCUUGAACUUUGAACCUGUUAGAGGUACUGCUAUAGUUUUGUGAGUGUAAGAAGACAUUCUUAGGAUUGGAGAGAAAGGUCAAGAUGGAUUUGAUAUAAGGAAUUGAAGUUAUUAAAGAUUAAAUUUUAAGUUAAUGGCUGAUCUGUAAAGGGUCAUGCCAAAAAUUUUUUUAUAUAUAUUUUGUAUUAGACUUGAUAGUAAUUCAAUUUAGCCAUUUUUCUUAGAGCUAACUGCGUACUCUUGAAUUCUUGGGAACAGUGAAGCACAGAACAAACCCAGGAUUUUAUAUCAACUCAAAGAAAAGCACAAGAGCUCAAGGUAGUGAUAGACCUGAAGAAUCCCAGUUCUUCUUUCAAGACUUCCUCUUCAAAUAGGGAAAAAUUAUUUUCUACUCCAAAAAGACAAUGGAAUACACAUUCUGGAAUUAAAUGUACUUUUGUAGUGUGUCAGGAUUUUCUCUCUGGCUUUUAGAAUCUUGUCAUCAGAGAGUGCUCCCCAAAGAGGCAUUACCCACAUAUUCCAAUCUAGCUAGAAAGCUGAAAUGAAACUCUUUAUUUUUCCUGGAAGCAAAGGGUCUACAUGAAAUCAGACCAUCUUAUAGAUUUAGCUUAUGCCACAGUUAAAGUUUUUGCAAUGUCCUUUAUCGUCUGACUGCAGAUUUUUUUUCUGUUAAAUUCUGGGAAACAGAGUGGGCUGCUGAAGGGGCCCAGUGGAGCAGCUCCUCUCCUAUAGCUGAGCAAAUGACCCUGUGCUCCAUUGCUCUCUCUCCUCUGUAAUGAAGAUGCUAUCUGCCACUUUAGUGCUGAGUGUUUUACAAAUCUUGGCUGACUAGCUCCUCAAAAUAUAAGGUUCCUAGUGUGUAGAUUAAAUGCCUUAUAGUCAGGGGAGGCAGGGUUGUGGCAUUCUUCCCCUUGUGGUGUGUAUGAAGGAUGCUACUUGGGUUUAUUUCCCUAAAGUGUAGAGUAAUAGAACUUGUCCAGGAAUGGUGCCUUUGGUGAUCUGUAAAAUGAAAUGUGUAAUGUUCAAAGAAAUUUUCCAAGAUGUAUAUGGCCUCCUGAGAGGUAGACUUUCCCAAUUACAUACCAAACAAUCUUGCUAUGCCAAGAGUAAAACAAAUAGAAAUUGACAGCAUCAGACAGCCAGACUGACAGGAAGUUUGUUUUGUAUGGGAUAGAACCUGGUAGUCCCUUUAAGUUGCACCAACUCUCCAGUACAUCUUGGCCUUCUGCCCCAGACUGCUCCCUGGUAUUAACCCCCGUAGCUUUGUCAGGCACACAUUGCUUUGCAACACAUGGGAGUGAACGGAUGAGGUAAUAAGUGGUUAGCUUGAAAAUUUACCCUUAAUUCCAAAUGAUACUGAGUAGCUCUUCCCUGCCCCCAAGAGACCCACUAUCUCCUUAGUGACUGUAUUCCUCAGCUUCCUAGAAUACAGCCUAUUCCACUAUAGUGCUAAUGGCACUAUAACUCUGAACUGGCCCUAACCCUGAAGAAUAUGAUAGAAAAUGCUAUUGAUAUUCUUAAAAUAGCAUCAUCUUAGACACUAUAAAAAUAUUCUAAGAUAACUCUAUCCUGAGUGGAUAUAGUGUUGUAGUAUCUUCAACAAAACUUGUCCUUAGGACUGUCAAACACAUUUCUAAGCCAAAUAGUUUAGAGAAAACAUUUCCCUUGUCUUUUGUGGGAAUUCAAUUUCAUGGUUUAUGGAGGCAAAUGCCAUCAAUAGUCUGGAGCCAUUUUCUAUGUCAUUCCUUCUGAUCUUCUUCGUAGAAUACCACUUUCUCCUCCAGUCUCCUGACUCUUCUUCAUAUUUGCUGAUUACUAUUAAUCACAGGAUGCUAGCAAAAUUACAGGGGAAGGCACACGCACUCGGUGAGGUCCUGCACACUCUUCUUACAGUGGUUAUUGCUUGUUACUCUUCUCAAAUACAUCAUUCUGUCCUCCCGCCACCCCAGUCAUUAGAACUACACCUGAUCAGAGCCCAGAACUUGGGACCAGUACAUAAUUCAAAUAGUAGGGGCUUGCUCACAAGCUCUCAGUCCAACAAGAAGCACAGCACAUUGAAAAGUCAAAUAAGCCUUUGGUAGCUUUGUACAUUUGCAAUUUUACAUUUGUUAUUAGCUUAUAGCGCUAAUAACACUUCAGUCACGGAUCUAUAAUAUCAAUAUGAUAAACCUUAGAACAUAUUUGAGAAAUAGUGGUACUUUGCUGCUAUUAUACUUACUAAUUUAUACCCUGAUAUUAAUAAAUAUUAAAUACAGAUUGUAUACAUUAUUUAUGUUGCGUAUAUGCCAACUAUAAUACUUAACCUCACUGAUCAGCAAGUAGAAAAUACAGGAAUUGUCAUAGUGAAAAUAAGUCUUGUUCAAUUCAAAUGAUAUGUGAAUCUGAUAAAUGCUGUAAUAGGUAUUGCAUUUUAUCCUCUAUUGCUUGCGUUACACUACAGUGCAUGUUGUUUGCCAAGUUAAGAUAAUAAUAAAUUAUACCAAUUUGGGGGUUAGGAUUAAAAUUUGCAUAUAUGCUGCUUGAUACUGUGGAAUGUAUUUUAUGGCUUAAAUUAUCUCGUCCCUACACAUUUCACUUGUUUUUUUCUCUGUAGGAAGUAAUUGCAAUUAUCUCUGUCUUCUGUCUUAUACCUUUGAUAAAACUGCUUACUUCAACCUAGAACAUUGUAAAGCCAGAAUACCUCAUUUUAUCAGUGAAAACAGUUCCAUAAAUACAAUGACAUGGUGUGAUUUCUUGUAUUUUAUUUGCACAUAAAUAGACUUAAACCUAAUAAUAAAUCUAAAA